AUGUUCUCUCCGGACAAGGAUGGCUCUGCUUCACCCGACCCAGUUGCCGAUGCGGACACAGGCGUCAAGCCCACUGUGCUCAGUACUCUCCGCCAAGUUGUACGCAUGAUCGAGGUGUUCUUCGAUGUGUUAGACGAACAAGACUGGCGGCAUUUUAUCUUUGUUCACCGUGUAUACGUUACGGAUUCCAUCGACUGCAGCGAUCUACCAGAAAUCUACCAUUGGGAGGCACUACGCCGACACCAACUCGAAUGCAUUCGUAGCGGUCAUCCUAUUCAAUUACCUUAUGGUUUUUGGCAAUCCGAAAUAUUGCCCCCCUUGGUCGAUGCAGUCCCCAGAAUCCACCAAUGGUACGAUAAAUGGAACGAAUGGUGGUUCCGCAUGUAUGGAAGCACAAAGAGAGUGCGUCCAAAGUACGUGAACUCGGUAUGCGAUGCUACAACUGGGGGAAGCGUCCGGGUGGGAGAGGAAACGGACGAGGAUUCCCAUCGUGAAGGAAUGGAACCGUACAGUCUGCGUUCGUGCGUUGAGGUCAUGAAGCGCACAUAUCCGGCGCGCGACCUGUACACAAGAGUCGCGUGGAAUCGGUUUGCAGAGGAGGUGAAGUUUGCUUUGAAGGAUAAGCACGGCUGGUAUAGCGUAAAGUGCUAUGACAUCCCAGAAGACACCCCAGAAGAAACCCUCCACACAGAGAUGGCCCAUCGUUCACCGUGGAUCCGACCUAACCGUAGGCCUUUAGUCCAUGAGAAGAUCGACCUGAGCAGAUUGCCUCUGCAAGCAAGCGGAUACCCUUCAUCUCGCCGUUACGCUCCACCGGAUCAAUACAUCCAACGAAGAUACGACCGCUUGGAGCAACCUCGUGCAAUCAGUGCGCCGAAAGUACGCGCUUAUUACAGCACUCGAUUACGCAGUGUUCCAAAGGGCGGACUUGUGUCUUCACAUGUGAAGAGGCUCACAUACUUUGAUGUCGAUCCCAACGCGGAUGUCGAACAAAUCUGUCUUGAUAUCCACGAAGCGUACGGAACAGACUUCGACUUUGAACAGCGGCUUAUCGAGUGGUCGGAGGUUGAACAUCAUACGGAAGAGCCGCUUCAUGGCUUCGAAGAACUGACACUCUCGGAAAUACAGGUUUAG